GUUCUUCCAAACCACGUUGUUGGAAGCGCAAGCUGGGGCACGGAGGAGGUUUGGGUGGGGGGCUUCUGGGUAUUCCGCAAGGACAGAGGCGUUGAGAACUUUGUCGGUGGCAUUUCGUGCAUCGGUGUUUGGGAAUUCUAGAUCCCAGCUCUGAGCCUUCGCCGAGGUCACUGCUGUCAGUUCAUCACCCUGCGUGUCGAGCGCUAGACGAAGUAGCUGAAUGGGGUCGGGUAGGGGGCGGAGAAGCGGUGUACUCGAAAAAUUUGACCCCUAUUCCUCGGGAUCUUAUUGUCUGUAAUCAGACCUCGUCACAUUUUGGGGUGAAGGGAGCAUUUGGAAAAGGCCUGGUGGAGGAAAUAGCAGAUAGGCAGGAUUUCAGUUGGGGAGAAUGGAAGAAAUAAAGAAUGGGCGUUCCGAACCAAGAGAACAGCAGGCGCAAGAAGUGGGAGGUUGUUUGCAUAUUUGGUGAACAAGGAGUAUUAGGAGAAUGCCGCUUUCAGAAUUUAUUCUGGCCCUGAAGGACAAUCCCUAUUUUGGUGCUGGAUUUGGGCUGGUGGGUGUGGGCACAGCCUUGGCCUUGGCCCGAAAGGGCGCGCAACUAGGCCUGGUGGCAUUCCGGCGCCAUUACAUGAUCACACUGGAAGUCCCUGCUCGAGACAGGAGCUAUGCCUGGUUGCUUAGCUGGCUCACCCGUCACAGUACCCGGAGUCAGCACCUCAGUGUGGAGACUUCGUACCUUCAGCACGAAAGUGGCCGCAUCUCCACCAAGUUUGAAUUUGUCCCCAGCCCUGGAAACCACUUUAUCUGGUAUCAAGGGAAAUGGAUCCGGGUAGAACGAAGUCGAGAGAUGCAGAUGAUAGAUUUGCAGACUGGGACUCCUUGGGAAUCUGUCACCUUCACGGCCCUGGGCACUGACCGCAAGGUUUUCUUCAACAUUUUGGAGGAAGCUCGAGAACUGGCCUUGCAACAGGAGGAAGGGAAGACCGUGAUGUACACAGCUGUGGGGUCUGAAUGGCGCCCCUUUGGCUAUCCUCGCCGACGCCGGCCACUGAGUUCUGUGGUUCUGCAACAGGGUCUGGCUGACCGAAUUGUCAGGGACAUCCGGGAAUUCAUCGAUAACCCCAAGUGGUACACUGACAGAGGCAUUCCCUACAGACGUGGCUACCUGCUUUAUGGGCCCCCUGGUUGUGGAAAGAGUAGUUUUAUCACAGCCCUGGCUGGGGAAUUGGAGCACAGCAUCUGUCUGCUGAGUCUCACCGACUCCAGCCUCUCCGAUGACCGGCUCAACCACCUGCUGAGCGUGGCCCCGCAGCAGAGCCUGGUGCUCUUGGAGGACGUGGAUGCUGCCUUCCUCAGUCGAGACUUAGCUGUGGAGAACCCAGUCAAGUACCAAGGCCUGGGCCGACUCACCUUCAGUGGCCUGCUCAAUGCCCUGGACGGUGUGGCUUCCACUGAGGCACGCAUUGUAUUCAUGACCACCAACCAUGUUGACAGGCUAGACCCUGCCCUCAUACGCCCAGGGCGAGUGGACCUGAAGGAGUAUGUGGGCUACUGCUCACACUGGCAGCUCACCCAGAUGUUCCAGCGGUUCUAUCCGGGGCAAGCACCUUCCUUGGCUGAGGCCUUUGCAGAACAUGUCCUUCGAGUUACAACCCAGAUCAGUCCCGCCCAGGUGCAGGGCUACUUUAUGCUGUAUAAAAAUGAUCCUGCAGGGGCAAUUCACAAUGUCGAGGUCCUGAGGCGUGAUCAGCCAGGCUAUUCUUAGCUCUCCUUGAGGAAAUCAAUAAACACCUGCCAUACUCUCCUGACCUUUCUCCCUC